AUGGGCGCCAGGGCAGCCACCACAGACGAUGCUCCUCGGAGCGGUCAGACGCCUUCUCCGGCGCGAAGCGAUACGCCGGAGUUUUACCCGGAGAUCCGCGAGGCGGAGGAAUUGGAGCGUAUGACUUUGGCGGAAUUGGAACAACGCCAACAGAUGGCAGCUGCAUGUGCUGCAUCGCCAGAGGCUGCUCCGAGUGGGGCUACGGGGGCGUCUGCUCCAGCUUUAGCUCCGAGGUCCGACUCCUCAGAGAGCUCUUCGUCGACCUCGUCCUUCGAAAUGUCGGAUGGGGAAGCCAGAGAAGCUUUGGCAGCAGCAGCAGCAGAGAGAGCCAUGGGUGCUCGAACGAUUGCUUUGGUGCCAACCGCUGUUUCGGAUGGCGAGGAGGAUGGCGAGGAGGAUUGGGGUGGCUGGAAAGUUCCCAAGAGGAGUGCGUUCCAGGCGUUUUGUGGGCUCCAGCAGCAAAUUUACCGCGAAAACGGCCAGGAGUCUGUUUAUCAGCUCCACAUGGAGCGCAACGAACCUGCGCCGUUGGCCCACGGGAUCUACGGGUCGGUCGAUUUUCUCAACGAGCUGAGUCGCUUGGGAGAGCCCGGCUAUUUAGCUGGAAUGGCUGCCGGGAGAACCGAUGUGAUCCCGCUUCCUCCCAAGGAUUGCGAGGAAGAGGUGGUUGGAGUACCUCCUGGAUAUCACAGCUAUAUGUCCCCGUGUUACAGCCACGGGCUGCUGUACUUCGGGAAGCCGAAGGUGGGCGAUCCUCCUUUUAUGGAGCACGACGACUACCUGAACCUGCCUUUCCGUCGUAUGGACCAAGCUGUGCUUACCACCGAGCUGGAGGACCACCACGCGCAAAUCCUUUCCCAACUUACCCAGGCUGCUUCGGCCGUGGAUUUUGGAUGCAACUUGAAGGUCAUUACCCUUGUUGUGAAUCAGCUUGGGGAAUCUUUGACCUCCAACAAGUCCGUGCACCCCAAGUUGCUCCCGAUGUCGUACCACCUUCAGCAGGGCCACACCUUUGCCUUGUACCUCCUUGGAUUGGUGAACUUGUACCAGGAGAACCACGAGAAGUACGACAUUGGCCAUGCGGAAAGGGUGACGUCGGAAACCACUCCGAUGUGGAUCCAAAGGUGCGUCUGGGAAAUUAUUGGGAAUGUGAUAAAGGACGAGGCCAAGGAGCACUACUCCCUGGAGGAAUAUCGGGCGUCCUCGAAAGCUGCCCGCUCCAAGGUCUUCGUACGAGAAUCUUGGAUGGAGCUUCGUGGAAAGCCGUCGGAGCCCCCGGAAGUCACGGGGGCCGAUUACUGGAACCUCCACCUUGUGCAGGGGGAGCCGGUGGGAGGUCCGGAGCCUCCAUCGGUUCCACCGUUGGCGGUCCCUACGCCGCCACCUAUCCCGCCAUUCCGGCUUCCUCCCCGACCUCCGGCGUCGGUCUCUGGAGAGAGCAACUUCGAGGCCUGGCGGCUGUUGGAUCCUUCAGAAGCUGGUUUGCCCCCUACUCCGCGUUCUGUGCCUCCAACGCCGGAAAGCCGAUUGUCCGUUUCGCCAAGGCGCUCGAGGUCCCCACGGCGGAUUCCACCCAAUCCAGAGCUUGCAUCGAUCUUUGCCAGUGUAAGAGAGACGAUAGCUGUGUCGGAGAGCCAGCUCCGAGAUUCGAGCAGUUCGUUUCCCCCGGUUCCUCCGGGCUUGUAA